UACUCUCUUUUGCCUACUUACUAGUGGACGGAACCGCGACCCACAAUCCUUUCCUUCAGUAAUAGCGAACCUUUGAUAGGAUGCAUACUCAGCAAUCUAGCGGACCUGGAGGCCAUUAUGCGCACACGAUAUUUCGAAAGAUUCAUCGCCACUACAGUGAUACAGAAUACCACCGCUCAGCGCGUACAAUCGAAAAAGAAAAGUAUCUGUUGUUCAAUAUCCCAUUCAACCGAUGGGCCAUGUUCCCCACUGCUUUUAUUUUUCAAGCCAUUUGCGGAUCACUCUAUGCCUGGUCCGUCUUUAACGAUCCCAUCGACAGUUACAUCUAUGGUCUGGUCAUGAAUCCGGCGACCGGCAAGUCCACGCCUUCUGCCCACAACGCCGCCAUCACGUUUUACAUUGCCGUUGGUUGCUUUGGUCUUUCUGCUGCCAUCAAUGGACCCUGGCUAGAGCGCAAUGGUCCGAAAUUGGCAGCAAUUCUAGGAGCGACCAUCUUUUUCCUCGGCAACAUGAUUGCGGCGAUCGGAAUCUACACUAAGCUCAUGGGACUCCUGUAUUUCGGGUACGGCGUCCUCGGUGGUGCAGGGCUCGGACUCUGUUAUAUCUCGCCGGUCUCUGCUCUCCAGAAAUGGUUCCCGGAUCGACGCGGUUUAGCAGCCGGGUUUGCGGUGUGUGGAUUUGGAGCGGGAUCGAUCAUCUUGGCAAAGAUUCCUCAGCCGUUGAUUGCGUCGGUUGGGUUGCCGCUGACGUUUGUGGUACUGGGGUGCUGUUAUUUUGGAGCGAUGUUGGUCUGUUUGAUGGCGUUCCGUAUCCCUCCCCCGGGAUUUCAGGUCAAUGGAAUGGAUAUCUAUAGGAACAAAGUGCCCGUUACUUCUUCAACAUCAGGGGCCGAUAAGCAAGAAUUAAGCGACGGCGACGAUUCUGCAUUGGAGGGAAAUAUGAACGAGAAGGCCUUCCAGGACUUUAUGGACCCGGGAGUGAGCAUGACUCUGAGCUCAGCGAUCUUUUCGAAGGAAUACCGGAUCAUCUACAUCAUGUUCUUUGGAAACUCGAUUGCAGGGCUGGUGUUCCUCUCCCGGUUGGCGAAUAUUGUGAAGGAUAUCUUUGGGAAAGAUGAGGCCACGGCGGCGACGAUCGUUGCCAUCAAUGGAGGGUUCAAUCUUGGAGGACGGCUUCUCUUUUCGACGGUUUCGGAUCGUAUGGGUCGUAAAAACGCGUUCUUUGUGAUGCUGUGCUCACAGGUGAUCAUCCUUGCGGCCUUGCCGACGAUCAUGGAGCGACAGGUCUACUGGGCCUUCUUGCUUGUGAUCUGGAUCCUGACGGCAUGCUACGGUGGAGGGUUUGGAUGCAUCCCUGCGUUCCUGUGUGAUAUGUUUGGGCCAUCGAACAUUGGUGCUCUGCACGGAAUUAUCCUGACGGCCUGGUCGUUGGCGGGCGUUGGAGGUGGGUUGCUGUUUACGGGGAUUUAUAACCACCUGUUGGGGACGGGCCAUACGACAAAGGACCCUUGGGUAUACUCGGUCAAUUUGAAUUGGAUCUUGGGAGUCGCUUGUGUCGGAUUUGUGUUCCUUUUGUUCGUGGGAACGAAUGUACACGAUCGGUUAUUGCCAAAGGAAGAAGGAGAGUGGGCGAGGAUGCGGGUGUUUGGAAGACUGGUAAUGUUUGGCAGGUUUGGGGUGAGAUGGAUGGGUGCGGAGACGGAGGAGUCUGAGUGGGCGGCGUAUGUGGAUCAGCGACGGGAGGAGGAACACGCAGUGAAGGAGAACCCCUCUACGCGCAUUGCGGACUGAGGAGCGGUGAGGGAUCCACAAUCUAUCAUUCAUAUAUCUUUUCAAAUCUCAUUUCUCAUUUUAUAUAAAUUUGCGUUCAAAACGAGCACCUAA